AGUCAGUCUCCAGCGAGAGUCCGAUACCGACUGUACACGCGUGCGCGCACGUCAACGCUCGAGAAAUUUCGCGUUCGGAUGAGUUGUCGUCGGCGCCGUUCUCCCCGCUGUUGUUGAGUGAGAGGUGCGGAUUGUUCACACUGACCUCUGUUGAAAGCAAGUGUUCACGACGUACGACCACGGCUUAGGCAUGAUGAUGCACAGCAUGAGCGACCACACGGCCGGGGGCCUGGGGGUCGGGGUGCUGCCGUUCGAUGGUAUGGGCAUCUACGAGCAGCCCAGGCCCAGGCUCGUCUUCAAAAUGCCCAGAGUCGUGCCCGAUCAGAAGUCCAAGUUCGAGAACGACGAACUCUUCAGAAGACUCAGCCGAGAGAGCGAGGUGAAGUACACCGGCUACAGGGACAGACCGAUAGAGGAGCGCCAAGUGCGCUUCCAGAACGGUUGCCGCGAGGGCCACACCGAAAUCGCAUUCGCCGCGACCGGAACGAACCUUCAGCUGGUUUUCGGCGUCAGCUCCGGCAAUUUCGCCGGCGAUCCUCGGGAGUGUGACUUCGACAAGGAACACGGCAAGGUCCACCUGAAAUCCCAUCUGAUAAUGAACGGCGUGUGCGUCACGUGGCGCGGCUGGAUCGACCUCGAGCGCCUCGACGGCGUCGGCUGCCUCGAGUACGACGAGGAACGCGCCGCUGAGGAAGACGCUCUUCUGCGCGACCAGAUCGAGCGCUACAACCGUCGCGUCCAGGAGAUCGAGGACAAGCAUCGGGCCUACCGUACCGGCGGAGUCCAGGCGCCGCACCUCAACCACCACCACCAUCACCACCACCACGGACACCACGCGCACCUCGGUGUACCUGGCACCGGACCUGCCGUCGACCCGCACCUGAACCAUCGCCAGGAUCCCGAAAUGGAAGUCAGACUGCGCGCUUAUUAAAGAUAUUGUUUGAUUGAGAAGGAGAAGGGAAAGAAUGAAGGGUGCGAUAUACGCGAUUAUGUUUUUUAGGUUAUGUUCAGUUGAGGUAUACUCUCUGGUAGAAGAUGGACGGCGACUGGGCGAACGAGUGUACCUAAUAUAGGAUAGCUCUUUUUUAAUUCGACUUCUGUUAAUAAUGAUAUUGAUAAAAGAAUACUUCUUGUAAUACGUCUUAUUGUUUGUACAUCAUAUUGAUCGGAGAUUACUAUUAAGACUAUCUAUAUAACUGCAUCGAUGGAUGCAUAAUUUUAUAUUGUGAAUUUUUGUUUUUUCAUUGUAAUCACUCACAAUCGACUGUUAAAAAAGAAACUGACGUACGUGUAAAUAUUUAUUUGUGAGUAAAUUAGACUUGGAACCAUGAUUCUGACUUGCAAUUUUCAUCGUAUACUCAAACUAGAAUUCCUAUCGUCGACGAACCACUUAUUUCUGUGCGCGAUUAUAAUUACAGUAUUAUAAAGUCAGAGAGAGAAAAUCUGGAGUCGCGCACGCGCGCGUGACGACGGCUGAUUCAGUCGGCGUGAUUUCCGGCACAGCGCGCAGUAUACGACAUGACUCACGCGGCGCCGUUUCUCUCUCUCUCUCUCUCUCUCUCUCUUGGAAUCUCUUAUAAUUUCGUCAGUAUCGCAUACUCGGGUUUGUAAUGAUUUCAACCGAUCGCGCACGUCACGAGGAUUUUGUUGUAUGUACAUAUUUGUAAAGAGUUUAUCUAUUAAAUAUAAUUUCCCUCGUAAAAUAUUCCAAAUA